ACUGAAAGUGUUUGACAGUCACACUGAAGAGAGAAAUGGCGCAGCAAGAAAAUCAGCCUGACCGACUAAAAUUCUCCUGUUCGAUCUGUCUGGAUCUACUGAAGGAUCCAGUGACUCCUUCCUGUGGACACAGUUACUGUAUGAACUGUAUUGAAAGCUUCUGGGAUGGAGAAGAUCAGAAAGGAAUCCACAGCUGCCCUCAGUGCAGGAAAACCUUCAUAUCAAGGCCUGUGCUGGAGAAAAACAUCAUGCUUGCUGAUUUAAUAGAAGAACUGAAGAAGACUGGACUCCAAGCUGCUCCUGCUGAUCUCCGCUAUGCUGGACAUGAAGAUGUGGCCUGUGAUUUCUGCACUGGAAGAAAACUGAAAGCCAUCAAGACCUGUUUAGUCUGUCUGGCCUCUUACUGUGAGAAACACCUUCAGCCUCAUUAUGAUUCAGACACAUUUAAGAAACACAAGCUGGUGGAGCCGUCCAAGAACCUCCAGGAGAACAUCUGCUCUAAGCAUGAUGAGGUGAUGAAGAUGUUUUGCCGCACUGAUCAGAAGUGUAUUUGUUAUCUCUGCUCUGUGGAUGAACAUAAAGGUCAUGACACAGUGUCAGCUGCAGCAGAAAGGACUGAGAGGCAGAGAGAGCUGGAGGAGAGACGAGGAAACAUCCAGCAGAGAAUCCAGGACAGAGAGAAAGAUGUGAAGCUGCUUCAACAGGAGGUGGAGGCCAUCAAUCACUCUGCUGAUAAAACAGUGGAGGACAGUGAGAAGAUCUUCACUGAGCUGAUCCGUCUCCUCCAGAAAAGAAGCUCUGAUGUGAAGCAGCAGAUCAGAUCCCAGCAGGAAACUGAAGUGAGUCGAGUCAAAGAUGUUCAGGAGAAGCUGGAGCAGGAGAUCACUGAGCUGAAGAGGAAAGACGCUGAGCUGGAGCAGCUCUCACACACAGAGGAUCACAACCAGUUUCUCCUCAACUACCCCUCACUGCCAGCACUCAGUGAGUCUACACACUCAUCCAGCAUCAACAUCCGUCCUCUGAGACACUUUGAGGACGUGGCAGCAGCUGUGUCAGAGCUCAGAGACAAACUACAGGACAUCCUGAGAGACUCAUGGACAAACAUCUCACUGAUGGUCACUAAGGUGGAUGUUCUACUGUCAGAAUCAGAAUCAGAACCAGAACCAAAGAGCAGAGCUGGAUUCUUAAAAUAUUCUUGUGAAAUCACUUUGGAUCCAAACACAGCACAAACACACCUGAAACUAUCAGAAGGGAACAGGAAGGUGGUAUUGAUGGAUCAACAUCAGUCUUAUUCCAGUCAUCCAGACAGAUUCACUCAUUACUAUCAGGUUCUGAGUAGAGAGAGUCUGACUGGAUGUUGUUACUGGGAGGUGGAGUGGAGCGGAGGAGGAGUUUUCAUAGCAGUUGCAUACAAGAAAAUCAGCAGAGCAGAAGGUGGACAUAAUUGUGGAUUUGGAAAUACUGACAAAUCUUGGGCAUUAAAUUGUUUCCAAUUUGGUUAUCAGUUGGUUCACAACAGCAUCUGGACCAACAUCUCAGGUCCAGUUUCCUCCAGAGUGGGAGUGUACCUGGAUCACAGAGCAGGUAUUCUGUCCUUCUAUAGAGUCUCUGAAACCAUGACUCUGAUCCACAGAGUCCAGACCAGAUUCACUGAGCCGCUGCUGGCUGGAGUUUAUGUUUAUCACAUUGGAGGCUCUGCAGAGUUCUGUAAACUCGUAUAAAACAAAUUACUUUCAUUCAAGUUGUUUCUGACUUUUAAUUCAUAAACUCUUUACACUUUUUGUUUCAUGUCUAAAUUGCAAAUAAAUCUGCUGUCAGAGGCCUGUUCUAGAUAUGUUCUGUUAUAAUGCAUUCCAGGACGUUAUAAAUUAUUGGUAAACGUAUUUCUAUCAUGUUUUGUUUGAUCACAUUUAGUUGCAACUUGACACAUAUGGAACUAUGUUGAAUAUUUGUGGACUUGUCAUUACCUCUUGUGUUGUGCUGU